AUGGACAAUAAGACUCAGAAGAAGGAUGCUCCAAAAAGUCGAUCUCGUGAUCCUAGCAGUGCUGCUGACCUCUACUCGGAAUGUCCGUUGGAGUCGAUAGUUGAGCUCUUCACCUUGGGUUAUGCAGCCUUGUCUCUUGGCCGUCCUCGCAAGCAAGAUACUAGGAGAGCUAUUGACAUCUAUUCAGAUUGUGCGUUGGACUCGAUAAUUGUACUCUUCCGCUUGGGCCAGGCAGCCUUAUCUCUUGGUUGUCCUCAAAAUCAAGCCAGUCUCGGCCGAGUCGAAGAUCCAGGCACAUCCCCUUCUCAUGUUGUUAGCCAAUCCGAAGGCGAACAAAGGGAGAAUCUACAUGAGCUAUCUGAACAGAACUCAGAAUUUUCGAAGAGACUGGGAGCUGCAAGAAAGGACCUUGUUGAACUCCGGCGAGAGGUAGAGAAAUCCCCAAUCGAAGGCUGGUGGCAUGCACCAGUGGACCAACUCUCCUUGGAGGAGCUGAAACUUUAUAAGAGAAAGUACGAGGAAUUAAGCAAGAUUUUAACAAAAGCAAUUGAAGACCGGACAACUGAUUCUCAUGUCAACGAUUCUGAAGAACCUCCUAGGAUUGAUCCCUAG